UUACAGCUUUUGUUAGUGGCAUCUCUCUCUCAAGCUGAAAAGCCAGUAUGCAAGUGGAGAGGAGAUCCUGAGAACCCCCAACUAUUUAAGGAUGGGGAUAUUAUGUUGGGAGGGCUCUUCUCUUUCCACAGCACCUGGAAAGAUAGACGCGAUACCUACAUGCACAAACCAUUGCCACUGGAAUGCAUCAGUUUGCAUUUCAGAGAAUUCCAGUUUGCCCAGGCUAUGCUCUUUGCCAUAGAGGAGAUCAAUAACAGCACAGACCUACUGCCUGGAAUCUCUCUAGGCUAUAAGAUCUAUGAUAUCUGUGGAUCCAUUGCCAGAGGUGUAAGGGUCACUCUGGCCUUGGCUAAUGGUAAUGAAAUGGAAUUUGAACCCUCAGAAGCACCAUGUACAAGAUCUGCCCAAGUGCAGGUCAUUAUGGGAGAGACGUCUUCUUCUCCUUCCAUGGCUAUAGCCACUGUCAUCGGACCCUUUUAUAUCCCAAUGAUCAGCCACUUUGCUACUUGUGCUUGUCUCAGUGAUAAAACCAGGUACCCAUCCUUCCUCAGAACAAUACCCAGUGACUACUACCAAAGCAGAGCCCUGGCCCAAUUAGUCAAGCACUUUGGUUGGACUUGGGUUGGAGCUAUUAGAACAAAUGAUGAUUAUGGCAAUAAUGGCAUGGCCAUAUUUAUAGAAACUGCCCAGCAGCUUGGCAUCUGUCUUGAGUACUCUGUAGCUGUUUUUAGGACAGAUCCACCAGACAAAAUACGAAAGAUAAUUGACAUUAUCAAAGCUUCUACUUCAAAGGUGAUUGUUGCUUUCCUUUCCCACUUGGAUAUGGACAUGGUUAUUCACGAGUUGUCUCAUCACAACUUGACUGGAUACCAGUGGGUAGGCAGUGAGAGCUGGAUUGUUGAUUCCCAAACUGCAGCCAUGGAUAAGCAUCACAUUCUGGAUGGUGCUAUAGGUCUGUCCAUCCCCAAAGCACAUGUCAGUGGCAUGAGAGAGUUCAUGCUGGAUGUGAAGCCACUCAAUUCGUCUAGUCAAGAACUGUUUACAGAGUUUUGGGAGACAUUAUUUAGUUGUAAGUUCAAGAUGUCAAAUUUAUCAGUGGGGAAUGAGAGAGAAUGUACUGGACAUGAAGAUGUGACUGAAAUGCAAACUAGCUUCACUGAUAUGUCACUCAUGCCUAUCUUUUAUAAUGUGUACAAAGGAGUGUAUGCUGUGGCCCAUGCACUUCAUAAUAUUCUCAGCUGUAAUAAAACAUGUGACAACAAUGUGCAGCUAGAUCCAUUUUUGAUUUUACAGCACACAAAAAAGAUUCAGUUCAAAACAAAGGAAGGAGAUGAAGUUUACUUCGAUGAACACGGAGAUGCUGCCGCAAAGUAUGAAAUUAUAAACUGGCAGCCAACAGAAAAUGGCAUUGUGGACUUUGUCACAAUUGGUCUUCAUGAUGCAUCUUUACCUGAAGACAAACAGCUGAAUCUGCAAAAUAAGACUUUAAUAUGGGCACAAAACUCAAAACAGGUGCCUGUGUCAGUUUGCAGUGAGAAAUGUCCCCCAGGAACUCGCAAGGUUCUGCAGAAAGGAAAGCCUGUCUGCUGCUAUGACUGUCUAAGAUGUGCAGAGGGAGAAAUAAGCAACAGUACAGAUUCUAUCACAUGUGUGAAAUGUCAUCCUGAGUUCUGGUCAAAUGAGAGAAGAGAUGCCUGUGUGAAGAAGGAGGCAGAGUUUCUGUCAUAUGAAGAGAUUAUGGGAGCACUGCUCACCGCGGCCUCUUUAUUUGGAACAUGCAUGACUUCUGUUGUGGCAUUCAUUUUCUUCAGAUACAGACAGACUCCUGUUGUCAGAGCCAACAACUCUGAGCUGAGCUUCCUGCUGCUCUUCUCCUUGAGUCUGUGUUUCCUGUGUUCUCUGACCUUCAUUGGCCGACCCUCUGAGUGGUCCUGCAUGCUGAGACACACUGCAUUUGGCAUCACCUUUGUCCUCUGUAUCUCUUGUGUUCUGGGGAAAACAAUAGUAGUGUUAAUGGCCUUCAGGGCCACACUUCCAGGUAGUAAUGUGAUGAAAUGGUUCGGGCCUGCACAGCAAAAACUCAGUGUUGUGGGUUUCACUCUCAUACAAGUUAUCAUAUGUAUCCUCUGGUUGACAAUCUCUCCUCCGUUUCCCUUUAAGAAUUUUAAGGAAUCUAAGGACAAAAUCAUCUUAGAGUGUGCUCUGGGUUCAGCUAUAGGCUUCUGGGCUGUACUUGGGUACAUAGGACUUCUGGCCAUGUUGUGUUUUGUUCUUGCUUUUCUGGCUCGGAAACUACCUGACAAUUUCAAUGAAGCCAAAUUUAUCACCUUCAGCAUGCUGAUAUUCUGUGCAGUAUGGAUCACUUUUAUCCCAGCAUAUGUCAGCUCUCCUGGGAAGUUCAGUGUUGCUGUGGAGAUAUUUGCUAUUCUGGCUUCAAGUUUUGGACUGCUCAUUUGUAUUUUUAUUCCAAAAUGUUAUAUCAUCUUGCUGAAACCAGAGAAGAAUACGAAAAAAAAUAUGAUGGGGAAAGGGGCAGCAAAAUCAUCCUGA